AUGACUCAGAUCCAUGAGAAGUGCCUGGGGGAGCAGGAGUAUGAAGCUGACUAUGUCCUUACUACCCUAGGGAUUACUGAAACAGCAUUGCAACGGAGCACAUUUGAUCUGCUGAGUUUGCACGAAAGUCUCCUUACCAAGUUACAGGAGGCAAUGCCUCGCUCAGAUAGAUUUGUGGCUCCGAUAUGGGCCACUGCGCGCCGGCGUAUUAAGUUUGGCAGCGUGGAUGCUAGUUUGGCCAAGGCCAAUCGCAAGUCGGUAACGACAAGAAAAAUUCUUGAGCCUAUUGAUUCCCGGAUCAAAUCUUCAAAGGCCAUCGCAGCAGAACCCAAAGAAGCCGCCGAGGUGGCUCGGAUACUGCAAUCAAUGCUUCCACAGUUUAAGCUCUAUGAAGAGUACGGUGUCAAAUACCAGCUUGUGUCAAAAGAGAUAGACCUGCUACGGAAGUCCAUCACAAGCUGGGAUGCUUUCGACCACGGGAUUGAGGCUCUUCUGAAGAAUCUGGCGUCAACUAAUACCCGUGAGGCCAUAUCUAACCAGUGCUUCACGCUGGGUGAUCUCCUCAUGAAGCCAAUCCAACGGGUUUGCAAAUAUCAGCUAUUCCUGGCAGAACUCCUCAAAAACACACCUGUGGCUGAUUGCCCAUCCUCACAUGCUAUAAUUGAGGGCGCUCUUCAGCGUACGGUUCUAGCAUCGCAGGACAUCAAUCGUGCCACUGGGGACCCAGUUGCCAAAGAUCGAAUUCGGAAAACGAUGCUUCUAGGAGAGAGGCUCGAAUUCGCGAAGAAGGGUGAUCGUAGUAUCCUUCACGAUUUUGGGCCCAUCAAGGUUUGCGGAGUUCUGCAUGUCGCAUAUCAAAUCAAAGAAGGGCUCACAGGGGAAUAUAUGGUGUGCUGCCUGUUUAGCAAAUAUCUUCUGCUAGCUACCGCAUCCGAAGAUCACAGAAAGUUCAAUGCAGUAGCAGUAAUUUACGUACCCGGAGUCAGGCUAGAGCCUGCAGACAAUGGUACAGGUAUUCAUUGUUCGUAUGCCCCCUUUUCCUGGAAGAUGGUCUUUGAGAUGAGAAAGCAAACUUUCGAAAUAGUAUUAACUGCAUGCUCUGAGAGGGAGGCAAGCGGGUGGAAAGACAAUCUGCUAAGACAGUCACUUGCUGAGACAGCUCAUUCUUUGGAUGAAAGUAUUAUUUUGCAGAAGUACUCCCCGAUCCAGCUGGCCAUGAAACCGUUGUCCGCGGUUGUCGUCGCCGGACAGGUGCAUAACCUAGUUCGUCGAUCAUCGGUUCACGGCUCCUUGUUCAGCACGCCGUCCAACACAGAUUGUGUUCGACUUCUCAUCAAAGGAACACAAGCUGUACCCCAUGACGGCCAGCCCAGAGCAUCCACCCUUAGGAGAUCCCAAUCUGUCCAACUUGCACGCCAGGUCGUAAUCCUUACGCCCAAGAGACAAGAUAGGAUUCGGCUGGAAAAAUGGCUCUAUGACGUUUGGACCUGUGAUGUUCUUCCGUAUCCCGGAAUGCCCGCAUGGAGAGGAGAACAUUUGAUACGUUCAUCGGCUGAAUCUUUUAUUCGAAGACUGAGUUCUCGUCGACCAUUCACCAGACGGUCCAGCAGUCUCACCACCACUCUCACAUCUAAGUCCAUUGAGCGUAUCCCCACGUGCAAGGACGAGAUCAUCUGGGAUGAAAAGGGGAUCGAUGAAUCUGAUUUAUCAACUCCGAGUUCCAGCAAUAGGUAUGAUGACAUCCAUGAAGAAAAUGACGACCUGGACUAUCGUUCGUGGGGUCCGGAUCCUCAGCAACGACGAGCACCAAAGGAACAGGGACGAGGGGGGAAGAAAAAGGCGGCCGGCUCUUUAAAGAGCGCGCGGAAACCGCCACCCAAGAAGAAAUGGAGCGUUUCGAUCUUCAAGGGAGCUUCUCCAACAGUACCCGCCAUGGCCUCCUGA